AUUAGCGAAGAAAAAAUUGUUGACGGCAGACUUUGAAAACAAAUAAGCGCAGAUCGGUUUGAAUGAAAAAGGAAUUCCUCUAUUUUUCUCUGCUUUAAGACUCAGUUAUGGAAAUUGCUGCAUUUUUUCAACAUCCAGUAGUGAUAAUAUGUUUAACAACGAUAUGGACGUGGUUUAUUUGGAUGAUGGCUCAUCGGAGCCAAAUGAGGAAGCUCCCGCCUGGACCCAGUGGAUUGCCGCUCUUUGGGUAUUAUCCUUUCCUGUCUGCUGUGUCUCACAAGGUGUACGCACGUAUGAGUGAAUUUUAUGGUGAGAUCUUCAGUUUUCGCUCACUUGGCGGAAAUUUGAUCGUUGUUCUGAAUAGCAGGCCAAUCAUCAAAGAGGUGUUCUUGAAGCGAGAGAAUGAAUUCGACAGGAGACCAAAUGUGCACAAUGUGUUUUCGUGGAUAACUGAUGGAUUGGGAUUUGUGCAAGAAAACAAGCAAACGUGGGAAGAGCAGAGACGCUUUUUCCUUGAAGUUGGCCAGAGCAUUGGAAUCGGGAAGCCAGAGUUAGAAAAGAAGAUUCAAAAAGAAAUCACGGCUAUGAUGGAAGGGAUACGUAAUACUAAAGAGCAACCUGUUGACGUGUACUCCAGCAUAUCCAAUGUGACGGGAAAGAUCAUGUCUCAGAUUUUGUUCCACAAAACUUUCGAGCAGGACAGAACGUUCGAAAUUUUACUCAGGGCUCUCAAGAACAUGACAACUGUUUUCGAAGGAAAGACGAGCAUUGCCGUGGGAUUUGCGUUCAGAUUAAAAUGCCUGGUUUGCUCCCAAAUGAGGAAAGCGCAGGCAUUUAGAGACAUAGCGAGAUACAUCAUAAACGGCCUAAUAAAAGAGCAGGAGAAAGCCCUUGAUCCAAAUAUAUCCGGAGGUUAUGUGUCAGCUUAUCUGCAGCACAGGAAUGAUCUUCUGACACGGGGCAAAGAUAACGAAGGCUCGUUCACGAUUGAACGUCUCCAGGCUAAUACAAUGAAUCUCCUCUUUGAGGGCACGGUCACAGUUAGCUCAACAAUCACUGCCUUGCUAGAAGAAUUGAGCAAGCACCCUGAUGUCCAAGAGGCCGCACAGAAGGAACUGGAUUCAUCAGUAGGUGGUGGCAGACUGCUGACCUGCGCGGACAAACAGAAUUUACCUUAUUUGGAUGCCACUCUCCAAGAACUUUACAGAAUUGCUACACCUAAUCUGAUCACUCGUUUCUGUUCCAAUUUGAAGGAAACGAGAAUUGAUGGUUAUCUAAUUCCCAGUCGCAGCCUCAUAUGCGCCAAUUUGGCAUCCUUGCAUUUUGAUUCCGAAAUCUUUCUCGAUCCACUGAAGUUCGACCCUAAGAGAUUUCUGGACGAACAUGGGAAAAGAGUAGAUAAAAAUAGACAUUAUGCUUUCGGACUUGGGAAAAGAUCCUGCCUCGGAGAGUCUUUGGCUGAAGCGGAAGUGUUUCUCAUCAUCGGUUCCAUUCUCCAGAAUUUCAAGGUCACCUCCGGAAAUAAGAAAGGAGCGCUGAAAUUUCUUCAAAGAGAGCGAAAAUAAGACGCCGCACUGCACCCUACGACUUCUCUAAUGUUUGCAGUGCUGAUAAAAUACAUUUGAACCAGCAAAUUGAAAAAAGAAACGGACAAAAGAAAAACUAUUUUUGGAGGAGGGAGGAGUACUAAUAAAAAUUUAUCUUUCUUACCUGAAGUAUCAGAUCAGAAUCUUUAAAUUAGUAAUUUUUUACUUCAUAUUUGACAAUGAGCCUUUAUUCAAUGUCGUACAUUUAGUUCAAAAGUAGAAGAGGGAGGGGGGCGAUUUCAUUCACUGGCACAUGCUUCCUUCUUCAACUCGCAGGUCCAAAUUCCAGAGAGAGAAAAUAAGAUAUUGCAUUACAUCUAUACUUUUUUUAAUACUGAUGUAAUAUAUUUGAAGUAGCUAUUUGAAAAAAAAAAAAAAAAAAAAAGAGAAGAACGAGAACAAAUAAAAAAAAAACUAUUUUUAAAGGAAAAAAAUAAAAAAAUUUCUGAUUCGCUUAUUAAUUAUUUUUUUCUUACCGAAAUACUAUACAAGAAUCUUCAGAUUAGUGAUUGGCCUAGUUUUUUACAUUCCUAUUUUAUAGUUAACAGUGAGUAUUUAUAUAACAGCACAAGCUUAAUGCAGAAGAAAAAAGAGAUUUUAUUUAUGGGUGCUUGUCGUCUUCGAUUUGCUGGUAUAGUUACAUUUUUAUAAUGCUAAACCAUGAGAAUGGAAGUACGUUGCAGUAUUUUUGAUGCUCAUCUCUGAAUCAUGAUGUUUCGUCACCACAAAAAUAGAUUCACAUGUUUUAUACAACAGCUUUUUUUCAAUAAAUUUCUUAUAAAGGAA